UUCACCUUUCUUUUUGCCUCUCUUUUUCUCAUUUCCUUGGUUUUUUUCCCUCUCGCUUUCCGUCCCCAUUUUCCGCACAAAACUGAACACAGCCCUAAAUCUCAAAUUUCCCGUUAAAACGCCAUUUCCACUGUAAAAUCAAUAAGCAUUUAGUUUUUUUUUUUUUUUGAUAAUAAUAAGCAUUUAGGGUUUUGAACACUAAAUUCGCUGAUAACGAAUCAAAUCAAAUCAUUCUUCGGGAAAUUCUCAGUUAUGGUGAAAGGUUAGGUUCUCUGAUAAGGCUCCUUGGCUCUUGAAGAGUGGAAUAUACUAGCCUGCCUCGGUCUGUAACUAAUUUUUGUAGUAAACUGGAGCUCAUUUCACUAUGUCGGGAUUCAAUCGCAAUGGAGUCAAUUUGAUCAACUGCUUCUUUCAUUUUUCUGAAUGGCAUCCAGUUGAAUAGCAAAGUCAACUGGGGCUUGAAGCCCAUAUCAAAAUUUUCCCUUUUAAGAGUAUCAUACUACUUUUACCUUUCUUUAUAAUCAAGGAUCAUACUGCUUUUAUCUUUGGAUUGGUAUGUGAAUUGAGUUGCAUAUUGAUUUGUAACAACACACAUGCUAAUUUUCAGGUGUGGGGAUCAAAUUGUUAUCGGGUUGUAUAGUGUAGUCAUUACAACUUUCUGUAGUUUCUUGAUGUUCGUGAAGGGGCAUUCUGUUGCUAAAGUGACAGAAAUGGGGUGCUGUGGGUGUUUUGGGUUCUGUUUUGCUAGGAAACCAAAGAGGGUGGGAAGGCCCAAUUUGGGAUUGUCAAAUAACUGUUCUCAGGAGUCUUUGUUGUAUGAAGAGGGGGAGGAAGAAGAUGGUUGCUCCUACAAUGGUGAUGUAACUGAUACUGGUAAUGGGGAUGAUGGUGAGUAUCACAGCCCAGUCAAACGCUCUGAAGAGAUUCUCAUGUACAGAGCUCAAAAUGGGUUGGUUUGCAGGGAGAUCCCUGUCAAGGAAACCCACAAAGUCACACGGGAUGAGGAUGAAGAUGGGAACAAGAUGGUUAAUGAGUAUGUACGUGAAUAUAAGAUUGGUUCUGGUAGCUAUGGAAAAGUGGUUCUAUAUCGGAGCCGUACUGACGGAAAACAUUAUGCCAUUAAGGCCUUUCGCAAGUCUCAUUUAUUAAAAUUGCGUGUGGCACCUUCAGAAACUGCUAUGUCGGAUGUUCUUCGUGAGGUAAACAAUAGUCCAUUGUGAAAAUAGGAGAAGAGA